AUGGCUUACGACUGCUAUGUGGCAAUAUUCCAUCCCCUCCACUACUCAGUUCUCAUGUGCCCUACAGUUUGUAUUUUCAUGGUGGUUGGCACUUGGCUGGAUGCACUUCUCAAUGCCUUCAUCAAUGUUGUCUAUGUUCUGAAUCUUCCUUAUUGUGGCUCCAGGGACAUCCAUCAUUUCUUCUGUGAGAUCCCAGCUCUCCUGAAACUUGUUUGUGCUGACACUUCUCUUUAUGAAAAUGGUCUUUUUGUCAGUGGUGUUGUAUUUCUCCUCUUUCCAAUACCUGCCAUCAUGGCUUCAUAUGGGCAGAUUCUCUACACUGUUUUGAGAUUAGGAUUAAACAUGGGGAUGAGGAAAACUUUGGCAACAUGUUCUUCCCAUAUGAUUGUGGUGACACUUUUCUAUGGAAUAGUCAUCAUCAAGUAUUUUCUCCUCAAAGCCUAUCACACUGCUGAGCAGGACAAAGUGGUCUCUAUCUUUUACACCAUCCUCACUCCCAUGCUCAAUCCCCUCAUCUACAGUCUGAGAAACAGAGAUGGCUGGAGCCCUCAGGAAGGUCUUCAGAAGAAAAGUAACCAUAAGAAGUUGAUAUCUAUUGAGAAUAGAAGAAGAAAGGAUAGACCUUAA